UUGGCAUCGUCUGGACUAGCGUCUGGCUGAUCUCUAGAAAGUGUCAAUUUCAUUUUCUUGAUUCUCUCCGUGCCAAGCUAAGUUAUAUUUCACUGUCUUUAGACUGAAUGUAUGAUUUUUUCCGUUCAGAUAAAGGUGAGAAUUUAUAGACAUGGCUGCUGCUAAUGACUGUCCACAUCAGAAUAUAUUACAAAAAGAAGAUUCUACAAACAAGAAAAGGUACAGAUUAUUGGAACUUUAUUGUGGAAUUGGUGGUAUGAGAUAUGCUUUGGAUUCAUCUGGAAUCCCCUAUGAAGUUGUUGCUGCCGUUGAUAUUGAUCCUGUGGCCGGUGCUAUAUAUAAACAUAAUUUUGGUUCUGAAGGUCAUUAUGAAAAAGAUAUCUUGUCAUUCACUUCCAGUGAUAUAGAGAACAUGAAAAUAGACAUCAUUACUAUGAGCCCUUCUUGUCAACCAUUUCCUAGAUUUGGGAUAAAAGAUUUUGAACGAAUAACGUAUGAGCGAAACAAGUCUUUUUUGCAUAUUUUAACUAUUCUCAAAGAGCUGCAGAGGAAACCUAUGUAUAUUGUGGUGGGAAAUGCGAUGGGUUUUGAUAGUUCUCAUGCAAAAAAAGUCCUGCUUGAAACACUGGAAGCCUCAGGGUACAGAUAUCAGCAUUUUUAUUUGACUCCCCAGCCCUUUGGUUUUCCAAAUUCUCGUUGCUGGAAUUAUGUAAUUGCUAAAUUGAGAGAAGAGAAGUUUUCUUUUAUUGAAUCUCGAAAGCCUUUAAAUGAUAUGCCUGAUGUUAAAUAUGAUAAACUUGAACGUCCAGAGUGGAUCCACGACAAUAUAGUUCUACAUCCCUUAGGAUUUUUUUUGGAGACGGAAAUUGAAGAUCUUGAAAGGUAUCUUAUAUCUGACCGUAUUCUUUUAAAGUCCUGGAGUGAAUUCGAUAUUGUGGAUGGAAAUUCUACCAAUUCGACCCGUUUUACGAAAGGAUACCAUCAUUUAGCCCAAAGAUCUGGAUCAGUUAUUUCAUCAGUAGAGGCUGGUGAGGCUUAUGACUUGCUUCAAAUGUCUACAAGAUGUUCCAAUAGAAAAGAACAACUAACUUAUCUAAAGGAAAUUGGACUUCGUUACUUUACCCCAAGGGAAAUUGCUAAUCUUUUGCAUUUUCCCGACCAUUUCAAUUUCCCUCCUGGAAUUAUUGUGGAGCAAAUGUAUGAGUCUUUAGUAAGCAGUCCGAAUGUUUAUGUUGCUUCAUGUGUGAUGAAAUUGUUAUUUCAAAAACGAGAUUAAAAAUUUAUUUUUAGAACAUUUUUUAUUUCAUUCUGUUAAACAACUUGAUUUUUCGACUGAAUGAAUGUAUAUGGUCAAUUAAAAAAAUAAUUAUUUUUGUGCAUUCAGGGAAAGAUCCAUUAUCUACUUUGAAAUAUAACGCUAAAUUUUAUUUAAUUUUAGAAAUUUAUAUGUGCAGAUAUUAUGUGUUUAACAUAUUCUGUUUUUAUAGAGUGUGCUCCCAAAGGUGGAAAAAGCGUUUAUUUCCAUAAAUAUUGCACUUACAUUUCCAAUUACAGAAUUUUAUUAAAUGAAGGUGGGCAAUUUUAUAAAAACACUUUGACUUCUGUAGAAGUUGUUAGGAAGAAGUUAAGAAAAUUAAAUUUGUAUGUGGCCUCUUUUGUUUGAAACUAUCAGUUAAUAAAAUAUUUGCUAUCUAUCCAUCUCUAUAUAUAACUUUUAGAAGCACACCUUCAAAACUCUAAAAGUGCAUUUUGAGUUAAAGCCCUAAAAAGUAUUUUUGAUGCAGUGCAAUAAAAAACAAGCACAAUAAUUUUGUGUGCUCUAGCAGUAAAUAUUGCUAAGAAAUCAUUAAAAAUAAAGGAUUUAAAUGUUUAAAAAGAAAUACAAUAGACUAUCAGUCAUCUCUCUUUUUAAAUACUGGUAAUGAGUUCAUAAGCAAUUUCAAUUUAUUUGCAGGUGAAAAAUAAAUUAGUAAGCAUCUCAAUUAAUUCAACAGUGCAUUUCAAGAUUAUCAUAUUCUGUUAUUCUAUUUUAAGUAUGUAUAAAUCGGAGUUAUAAACAUUUCUGACUAAAAUGGUAAUUGAACUAGUUUUGAAACUCUAAGGAUUUUGAUGCUCACAUUUAACAGAAUUUUGUCUUUCCAUGCUCUCACUACAAGAACCAAUUAUGAUUUAUGAUUGUUUGAUUCUAAGCAGCAAAGCUAAGCAACUGUACCAUUGCAGUAAUACUGAAUGAAUUAAUACAUUAGCUUAUGUUGUUUUUAACUCUAAGAAUUUAGCAUUUCUUAAAUACUGUUACCUACACAGAAAUGUGUAAAUUUUUUUAAAAAAAAAUGUUGCUCAAGCAUAUGCCUUAUUUAUGAAUUUAUUUACUAAUUUAUGUUAAAAUUGAAUUUAAUUUUUUAGCAGAGAAUUUUAAGAAAUUAUGAAGUUUUACAAAGGCUGUUUGGAAUCUGGUCAUGUAUAUAGUAAACAUUAAAAAAAAUGAAAUCACAAACUACAGGAAAUGCUUCAUAAGUGGUUAGUAUAAGAGUGUCUGUAUUUUACAAAAAUGCUGAAUAUCAAAUACAUUUUUUGGCUAGUCUACAUGAAUUUUUUGCUUUAAACUUUAAUUCACAUUAGGUAUUAAUAUUUGAUUUAAAGUAUGAUUUCUCUCGAGUAACAUUUCGUUGCAUGUAUUAAAUUUUAAUUCUUAUAUUUUAGUUUAAAACAAGUGUUUUUUCAUUUUUUUUUGUCAGCACUUAUUGGUACUUCCAAAUAAGUGAUAUCUGGCUUGCUAUGCCGAAUUGUCUGUAUUAUGUAUGUUUUAUGUAUUAUUUUAUGUAUUUCAUGAUUUAUGUUAUGUUUAUGUAAUUAUGUUUUUAGUGACAAUUGGAA